AUGUUUAACAACAACAACAAACCGACCCUCCUCGCCACUACUCUCCUUCAAAAAUACACCAUUGCUCUCAACAGACUCAACCAGCCGCAGCAACAUGCAUCCCGACACGCGCAGCAAGCUGCACAAGAAACCCAGCAACCCCACGCUCAGCACCAGCAACCAAAACACGCUAUUCCAACUGGCAAGCUUGCUGAUAAUCCUUGUCCUAAUCAUGAUGUGGCCCCGACUGCGCACGCCUGCCUACAAGCGGAAGCAGAAGAUUCGCAUGGACAGAGAGCGCCUCGUACGCCGUCUGCGCGCUAA